CGUUCGUGCGGGCGUUUCACGGUGAAACGCUCCUGAUCGGCACGCUUUUAGGUCUGGGUGUCAUGGGUAGAUUACGGUUUGCCUGCUGUCUAUCACAAUAAGGUCGUGGCUUGCAGGAUCCGAAGAAACCUACUUGCCCCUAACCAGACACCCUUGCCACGACCAGUAUGUAAGGGCAUCCCUCGCUGCUGUCUGCAUCAGCACCACCUUCAAUUCACUCAUCUCUCAUCAUGUCUGGGGGCCUCCAUCCGCCACUCUCGGUCAUCGAGUCGUGGCCUGCGCCUAAUACCAUCGACCCGGAAUCCCAUAGUCCGGCAGCUCUCAUUCUCUCCGCAAUCUUUGGAGGCAUUGCGGUCGCCACCGUUAGUCUUCGACUGUGGGCCCGCUGUGUGAUCCAGCGACAGGCCGGUCUUGACGAUAUUUUUAUCGCGUUAUGUCUGAUUCCUACUAUCGGCCUCAGCAUUGCUGUUCCUCUAGGCGCCUACGUCUACGGCGAAAACCAUCACACAUGGGACAACUCCCUCACUCUCCUCCUGGGUGAACGCAAACUCGCCAUCGCCGAAGAGCUCUUCUACGUCUUCGCCUCCUGUUUCGUCAAAGUAUCCGUCCUUCUCUUCUACCGCCGCAUGGGCCAUCGCACCACCAUCUCCCGCAGCUUCCUCACCAUCAUCUACGUGAGCAUCGGCUCCGUCGUAGCCUACAACAUCGCCUUUCUCAUCGUCAUCUUCCUCUCCUGUCGUCCCUGGUCCGCCUACUGGAUGCAAAUCGACCCCACCUACGCCCUCACCCAGAAUUACCACUGCUACGACGAACCCGCGCACCUCAUCGCCGCCACCGCCAUCAGUCUCACCCAAGACAUCAUCAGCACGACUCUCCCUGCCGUCCUCUGCUGGAGAUUACAAAUGUCCAUCAAGCAGAAACUUCUCCUAAACGUGGUCUUUGGUCUGGGAUAUCUCGCUGCCGUGGUCGCCGGGAUUAGAAUCUACUUCGUCUACCGCAUGUUUUACGAAUCUUAUGACGCGAGUUGGGAAGUCUGGUAUUGUUGGAUCCUGGCCAUGAUGGAGAUUAACAUUGCGGUUACUUGUUCGAGUUUACCUGCUGUUAAGGUAUUCUUUCAGUCUGUGGGCAGUCAGCAUGGAAGUACGGAGAGUUCGACUGGGAAAAGUCGCACGUGGCAUAGUCAGGGACGGAGUCGGAGUUGGAGUUGGAAGAAGGAAACGAGUGUUCAUGUUGCUGCCGUUGGGAGGAAGCGGACGGACGGAGAACAGGAGAAUAGACGGUCGAAUGAUACCGAGAGGGAUUUGUUGGGGGUGAGGGGGAGUAUAGUGGAGAUGAAGGACUACGGGAAGGAGGGUGUAUAGUUUGCC